CUUUCCCCUCCCCCCAGCUUUGAAAAUUUCCAGCACCCCCCGAGAACUGAAAGCUUCUUGAGGCUUCUCAUGCGUGGAAGGGCCAAGGGGGAUGUCUUCAUAGCAAGAGCUACUUGAGAGCUGGAUUGCCGUGCACGAUUGGCAUGACGUGAAUGAUUGGCACGAUUUCUGUUCUUUGAACGACCAGUUCUUGGGUUAAUCGUUGCGUUAAUCUGGUCUUUUUCUGCUUUUUUUUCUCUCAUGGGGGAGAAGCUUGAUUAGGUUACUUAAUUCCAAUAAGUGCCCAAGGUUGGUUCCUGGGUCUUCGGACCCCCCUCCCCGCAAUCUGCUCCCAGCUUUUUCCGUAGUUUUCAAAAUUUUGAGUGGCUCAGAACGUUGAGACUGUUCACUAGGGUUUUCCGGCCUUUUCUCUGUCCCGUUUGCGAGCUUUACCCUGGUUGUCUCUUGAAGUGAACGCCAGUCACUUUCCGUCCAGCAAUGAAUCAAUGGUGUAGCGGCUCUGAAUUCGCUCUUCCUGGAAGCUCGAGGUGCGACUGAGAUUGUAUAGUAAUCUUGCAGCUUAGGAUUGGAAGAGAAAAAGAUUAAAAAAAUGAUAUAGAGUGGGAGCGUUUUUCAUUUCGAAUAGCGAAUCUUGCUUGGAGAGUGAAGAAUCGUGGGUUGGUGCAGUAGAUGUCAGCAAGUUGGAGGUGAUGGAAGAUGAAGGGGAAGCUAGCUCAGCGUCGGGAAGGGUUGAAAUGUCGGGAGAAGGGGAUGUUUGUGAGAACUCGAGCAGAGAGGAUUCAAAGCUUGCCGAGGACACCAGUAUUGAGCAACAAGGCGACGCUAGCGUGGAGAAGCUUACAGAGCCUGAAGUUGCUACCUCACACAAUCCAGGGGAAAGCACGGAUGCGAGUGAGAAGAAGAACUUCCCCACGUUCACAUCGGGGAAGCGAAAACCCGAGCUGGAGGAUCUUCAGGAAGCAAAUUCCAUCCGUAAUGACGAGCGAGGGGAUUCAGGAGGAGCUGUACAUAAGAGUGAAUCAACACCGAUUGCUACUACUGGCAACGAAGGCAGCGCCAGUGCGACAAGGGACGCAGAGGAGGAUCCAGUGCAGGAGGUCAUAGAAGCUGGGUCCUUCGUGGGCACUGACGAUCAGUCCGAGCGAUCCCCGGCAGAUGACGUUUCGGAGGCAUCAUCAUCCUUCGUGCACGUCUCCAGAGGAGGGUAUGAGGAGCGGAGCACGCCGCAGCUGGAAGACAAGGAGAGCAGCAGCAGCAGCAGCCUAGAGAAGGAAUGCGAGUCUGUGGUGAUGGAGAUUGCGGAGCGCCUCUCGCAGCUGCGUAGCAUCGGCAAGUCUGCAGAAUCCGCCCGGAAGUAUAACUUGGAGCCUCCAGAUGCAAAUAUGGAAGAAGUGGAUUUAGACAAUGAUAUGUCAAGUGUGUUGGGACCAAAACGACUUGAUUUUGAGGUGAUUGAUUUUGAUCAAUUUGGAGUUCAACCGCCGGAUUUGCCAUUAAGUGAAGACUCCAAGCAUGAAGGAAAAAAGACAAAGUUAAACCAUGGGAUGGUUAGCUUGCAUGGCAAAAAUGUUGGUGUCGUACUUGAGCAAGGAAUGAAGGAACUACAUGACAAUCCUAAAAGGACAAGUUCAAAGGAACCAUUUGGAAAGAAGCAACUUCGAAAAGAUCAAGGUAUUGAACAUGAGAACAAACGAGAUUUGGAGUCUCGACUAAGUAUUGGUAAAAAUUUGGAGUCUAGAUUGAGCAUUGGAAGCUCCAAGCCUCGACCAUUAGAAAGUACUAUGAAGUUGAAGAAAGUGAAUGAAUCUACAAUUGGAAGUCCUAUAAGAAAAUCAAGCAAUAAAAUACUUGUAACUCAAAAAUCUUCUCCAAUUGAAGAAACUCCAAGACGUCAUAUACAUGUAGAUCUUAAUCAACUCAUUCAAAAACAAGCAAGACAACUUGAUGCAAUUUGCAACCGAGUAGAUUUAUCUACUGCACAAUUAAAGGAGCAAUCCAAAAGACAUGAAGAAUUCAAACUUAAACUUGAUGUUGAAUGUGGAGAGCGAUUACAAAAUGAAGUAAAGAUGAUGGAGUUGCAUGAAAUAUUGCCCACCAUGGAGGAUAAAUUGAAGAGUUUGUAUGAUCAAGUAUCAUUAUUGAAGGUACAAUUUGAGGAGCAAAUUGACUUAAAGAACAAGCUUGAAGAACAAUUGAAAGAAGAUCACAAGGAAAAGAUUCAUCUUUUUGUACAAAUGGAGAAGGAGAUUGAUGUGAGGAAUAAACUUGUAGAAGAUUUGCAAAAUGAAAACAAAGAAAGGGCAUUGCAUAGUGCACAAUUGGAGCAACAAAUAAGGUUGCAUGAAGCAUUAGAACACAAGCUUGAGGAGGAAAGAAUAGAGCGAUGGAAAAGUGAUGCAAGAUUGAUGGUGCUUUUUGAGAUGCUACCUAAUAUGGAGAAAAAAAUGGGUGAGUUUUCUAACCAAAUAGAGUUGUUGAUUGUGCAACUUCAUGGACAAAUCAAGUUUGUAAAAGAACUUGAGGAGAAAUUAGACCAAGAAUGUAGAAACGGGGGACAACUUAUGACAAAGUUAGAAGAGCAAAAAGUUACCUAUGAAAGGUUGGUGCACAAACAAGAGGAAGAGAUGAAGUUUAGGAAAGAACUUGAAGAGAAGGUGGACCAAAAAUGCAUGGAGAAGAUGCAAUAUGUGGUGGAAAUAGAAGAACAGAAGAAAUUGCAUGAAGAAUUAAGACAUCAAUUGAAGAAAGAGAUUGAAUUGAGAAAAGAGCUUGAGGAGAAGUUAAAUGAAGAAUUUAAAUUGCAUACAAUAAAUAUGAAGAACCAAAAUACAAUAUAUAAAGAAUUGGCACAAAAAUUAGAAGAAGAGCAACAAGAGCGGCUGAAGUGUGAAAUCAACAUGAAAGGAUAUUAUGAAAGAUUGUCCAACAAGGAUGAACAAUUAAAGGAGAUCCAAGACCAUGUCAAGUCAUUGGGUGCUCAACUUCAAGAGCAAAUAGAGUUGAGAAGGGAACUUUUAGAGAGGUUGGAUCAAGAUUGGGAGAAUAGAAGGGAAAGUGAUGCAAUGGUAUCCAAGCAUUCAAUGGCAUGGUUAGAAGAGAGAUUGGAGUUUGCAAAGUUUCUGGAAGAACAAAAAGUGUUGUUGGCAAAUCAAAUGAAAGAAGCAGGGAAGCAGAAGAAUGUGCCCAAGAAGAAAGUUAGAUUUCUUCAUCAUGUAAACAAUUUGGAGGUGCCAUCAAAUAUCACAAAAUCCGCAGACGUUGCAGUCAAUGCUAAAGAUCAAGCCAUAAAGCAAGUAUUGUGGACACUGUUUCAAGCCUUGGGUCUAGGUAUUGGACUGCUGUACUUCAUUGUUUCAUACAAUGAUCACAUGUUGAUUCCUUUACAACCAACUUAGCUAAAUUUCCACUUGGUUUCAUUUCAUUCAUUUUGUCCCUGUACGUUAAUUUUGUACCAUAUACUAUACCUUCUAUCAAACUUGUAAGUGUAUCCUUUGUAACCAGCAUAGUAUAAGUUGAAAAUGACUUGUGGGUUGUGUAUUUUAUGCAAUAUAAGAUCCUUCAAUCUUGUACUUCAAUA